AUGCAUCGUUUCAGAAAGAAAGUAGAUUUGAAAAAACAACGUCUAAACCAGUUGAACGAUUCGAUCUCCGAAAAUAUAGAAGGCGAUAAUACUCAACCACCCUCCUCGUCGAAUAUCCCUUAUACCGAACUACCCUCAGACUUUCGAACAUCACUCAUCCUACCUAAACUCACACAAAGGUUUAGCGUCUUACGUAGAGGCGAAAUUAUGUCAACGCCUGCUGCAUUUACAACAAAUACUACUUCCUCUGAUAACAUGGUUAAAAGCAUUGUUGUAGAAAAUGGUUCAAAAACUAAUACUGGAACUGUUGCCAGUGCUUCGGUGGUAAAAGAAGAGAUUAGUAUUGCAAAUAACAACAGUAUAGGGAGUUUCCCUCGGCAACAACUAUCAUCAAACGGUGAUUCUAAUAUGAAUUCAGGUCAAUCACCGUUGAGUAACGUUUACGAGGAUGAUGUCUCAAUGUCCAACUCUUUGUCUUCCUUAUCUUCAACCCCUCCUACAUCCAUAAACACUAAUUCCCUUGUAGUUAAUGAUGACAUAAAUAUUUCGGAAAUAUCUAAUGCAAGAAAAUUUUAUGGGGCUUCCGCAAUUUCUAAUGCUAAUUAUCGACCUUAUCCAGAGCAAAAUUCAGUUUAUGAUUCUUCACAACCAUCAACUUCUUCACACCUAUCACCUGUCGUGAUCACGGAUUUAUCGACAACGUCGGACGUAAAGAGUCCCACUAAGUUCAAUUAUAAUAAUAUUGAUGAAAAAAUGUCCACGUUGGGUGAUCAAAAAAAGAACCAUCCAAAGUUACGUUCCCCUCCUGUAUUUCAAAAUACCGGUGAGCACACGUGGUCAAAGGCGUAUUCUUCUUCAACGAUAUCGUCCAGCGAUCACGAGAAUUUACAAUCACAUGAUUCACUGACAAAAUUUCUUACAAAUGGUGAUGGCAUUCGUCCUCCUCCUUCUCCCCGUUCCCCGUUGGAUCAAUUGUCGGAUGGCCUCAUGAAUCUUUCAUUACAUUCAAUGGUCGAUUCAUCCUCGGUCACCACCAUUGGUGACGAAGAUUCUUCCCUUUCUAAUAAUAAUUUAUCCAAAAAUUCUUUGUUUCGUAGAUCUGUGGCCAUGGAUGAACCCGUUAACGUUCAAUUCGUUCCCGUCCUUGAAGAAAAUCAACAGCCCAAUCUCAACUUCGCUCCCGAAGUUCCUUCAACACAGAAAACCAUCACCGCAAAUAAUGCUAUGAAUUCAAAGAUCACCAGAAAAUUGGUUCAUUCAAAGUCACUAUCUUCAAUAUACUCGGUAGACCGUGAUUCUUCUUCGCCAUCAACAGUCCACUCACCACUGCGUGUGAUGAAUUUAAGAAAUAGCAACAGUAGUGGUGGCACUUUUGGAACGUCAUUUAGCAGUUCGCCUCUGACGCCCGAUAAGAGUUAUGAUGGUGAUUAUGAGGUGGAUGAUAAUGUUCUGCAGUCACCUGGGAAAGUUCAUCCAACUCCUUUCCCUCGUCAUAGGGAGGGCAAUGCGCGAAACGUCAGAGAAUCUUCAGAAGUCAUGAGUCAAUACAGUGUGUCUUCUGCUGAAACUCAGGCUGCAAACGUGGUAAUUGAGACGCCGAUCAAACGUCCAUUACGUAACGCCGUGGCACCACCAAAGCCUCAACCGCCACCAUUGUCAUUAACCGAUACUUUGAUAGCAUCAGGACAAUCGGACAUUGCUCAUCAGGUGAUGGUAAUGAGAAGGGCUCAGAAUUCUGGCCAUAACAGUUCUAAUUUAAUUCCAAAAAAUUCUUCGUCCAAACGAUCAAAGCAAAAAAAAAAUCCUGUCUUAAAGAACAUUUCGAGCCCUCAAUUAGUAUCCACUUCGUCAAAUGUCAAGGCCGUUCCCAUAGUGACCAUAGGGAACGAGGAAGAAAAGAACGGCAAAUUUCGUAGAAAGUUUUCAUUACGUGACAACGAAGGCGGACUUGGAAAAUCGUUGAAAAGGAUCAAAGAUGCGUUUACUAAUGAUAACGAGGUAAACAGGACAAGUAUCUUCGGAAAGAAACCAAAAAAUAUCGGAAAAUUGUCGCCAAAUUCUUCUACCGAGAGAUUACCAAAGAAAUUUGUUUCAGAGGAAGAUUUGAAUCAACUGUAUAUAAAAGACAAGAAAGGAAUGAAUUUUGUGAAACGGCGAGCAUUUAGCACUCGUGAGCACAGGCCAAAUGAAUCUCUUCGACAAGAUAUUCGUAAUAAUUUUACGUUUAUUAUGGACGAAAGAUCCCUUCAUAAUUCAGGAUACAGUGAUGAACUUGUUAUGGAUAACAACAGCGUUCGUAAUAAUAUACAUAAUUUCAACACUUCUUCGGAGGAAAAUGUUUCUACAGCCGGUAGCUAUUGGAAUAUGGCAAGUGACUCUGAUAUUAUUGAAGAUCCUAACCCAAAGAAAGUUGCAGGUGGACGACAACCAUUGUACGAUAUCGAUGCCUUGAAAAGACAUGCAGAAAUGGUGACCGGGUAUUCGAGUAACAAGAGGGAUCAAAAUUCCUCACGUCUGGACUCGCAUUUAGUGCGCACAUCUUCACUAUCAACAUCUGGUGGAUCACUUUCUGGUCGUGACUCUUCCUCAACGUCUAAUUCCAUAGAUAGGAACCGAUCCCGAGAUCUCCUUAUGAGCGGAAUCCGAGAAGAAGAAAUUGAUCAAUCCAAUUCUGACCGUUUAUCGUAUGACCCGCAAAUUCCUACACCAAAACUUAAAGUAGACAUACCAACAGAAUCUGCGCAAUCGAUACAGUCGCCACCUACGCAAUCCGAGAACAGCGAUAACAAAUGGGGAAUAAUGGGUUCGGAAAGUAAUCCAACUAGUCCUCUAUCCCCAUACAGUCCAAUAAGUGCAACCUCCAACUCUCCACCACCGAUAUUACCGCGAAAUCCAUUGAGAAAUUUAAAUUCCGACAAGAAUCGACCAUUCUUUAAUCGAACUAUGCCCUUGAACAGAAAUGGUUCUUUAGGAAGUGUUGGUACCUCGGGAAGCGACGAUAGAAGGGAUUCAAAGGAUUCUAAAACCUCCUCAUCAUCAAGAUUGAUGUCACUCUUUAACAGUUAUAGUAGCAGUCGAAGCAGUAAAAGCAGUAAAAGCAGUAGAAAUAGUAAGAAUAGUGAGGUAAAUUAUUUACAGGUGCCUUCUUCGCAUACCUCAAUGACUGAGGACACCAUGCAACAAGAAGAUGAAUCUACCGCCGCCACAUCGAAGAAACAAAAUAGAGUAGUACGUCGAACCAUUAUUAUAACGAAACCAAAUCUUCCAACGUUGCCUGAAGUAGAGCCUUCAGGGAUCGACGUUCCCUCAUCACCGAGCACUAAAAGUCUAGAUAAUAAACCAACUGAAACAAAUCCUGAGGGCGAUGCUCGCCUCUCAUCGGACGGGCGAAAUCGGUUCCUUUUCAAAAAACGCCAUAGCAACGGUAGUUCUGCCGACAAAGAUCGAGCAUCAAUGCGGAGCAACCCUGAUGAUUCCAAUGUUUCUAUGAACAAAUCGAGUGAUUCAGUUGAAACAAGAGACACAAAUAAUCACUUAAGCGUCCCGUCGGAAAGAACUUCUUGGAAUAGACCACCAACACCAAUUCCACCACUGAGUGCGCGCGAAUCCAUAGUAGAACCUCCAUAUGGAAUACCUAUACCACCUAUACCUUUACCGCAUCGACAAAGUGUAGCAUCAAAACGUGCAAGCAGGUCGAGUACUAUCUCUGCACAUUCGACGUCAAGCAAAUAUCGAAAAUCUAUAGGCGGGAAAAGUAUUCAAAGCUCGUAUGGAGAAAGUUUAUACGACUAUUAUAACUAUUCCGAUGCGGAAGGCGCGGACGACGAAGGAGAAGAGGACAAGAAUAUCAAACGAAAAACUGGCGUCGUAGAUUCAUCACAAUGGAGUGCCAUUCGGGAUAAAGAGUUUGAUAAUGAAGAUUUUGCAACCGAAACGGGCAGUGUCAUCGCUUCGGAACAACAACUUGUGGAGGUUUUAGAGAUGGACGAUGGAUCAUUCGUUUGGCAGGUGGUAGAAAUGGAUGAUCGAUUCAGUCAUUAUUAUGAUGGUGGCAGCGAUGACGAUGGUCAGUUGUGGUCAAGAGAUCUUUAUAGUGAGGAAGAUUUGAAUGACGAUGACGAAAGGUCAGGUCACAUGGAUUACCUUACAUACGGUGGAGUGCUACCAAGUCCAUUACAUCUACCCGGAGCGUUGCCAGAUCGUAAAUCAUAUAUGUCAGAAAUUAGUAUGAAUGAAGAUGGAUCAGUUCAUGAGGAACAAAUUUUCGUGCCGAGGACCAGUGUCUAUUUCGCAAAGGAUGUACCACUUGCAAAGUUGCUUGAGGAGAUGUCACGUGGAUUGGGAGGCAUGGAAAAUGAUUAUUUGUAUGAUGGGGAGAUGGAAAUGGGAGGUAUAGGUUUUUUGGGCGAUUUGACUGUGGAAGAAAAAUUGGAACAAGUGAUGAAAACCCUGGGGGUUAAUGAUCGGGAUGUGUUAUAUUGA